AUGGAGGGUCAUAACUCUACCUUUGAUGAAGUGACAAAAAGAGGCAUGAAACGUGUCAGUCCUAAUCCCAAUUACUACCAGGACAUAAUUUCCUUGUUGUUGGCCAUUGAUGAUAUCAACAAGAACCCUGAUCUGCUGCCCAACAUCACUGUGGGAUAUCAAGUAUAUGAUUCAUGUAUGGAGCCAAGUCUUGCUAUACGUAAUAUACUGCAGAUAUUAUCAGGUCCAGGGGAAAUGGUUCCUAAUUACUCCUGUGGAGACUAUGGAAAAGUUAUUGGUUUUAUUGCAGAUCGGUCACUUGUUACAACCUUGCCAUUAGCACAAUUUCUGAGCUCAUAUGGAUUCUCACAGAUCAGUUAUGGGGCCACAGACCCAGUACUGAAUGACAGAACACUAUAUCCAUACCAUUUUAGUACAGGACUAAAUGAUGAUGUUCAGCACAUUGCUAUAGCAGAACUGGUGGAACGUCUGGGUUGGACCUGGGUGGUCAUUCUGGCACCUGGUGAUGACCAUGGAGAGAGAGAGAGUAAGAACCUCAGGAAUGAGAUCAAUAAACAUGGAGCAUGUGUUGACUUCAUUGGGACUCUAACUGAAGAUACAAACACAAAUAUAAGAACAUUAGAAAGGAUACAAACAUCUACUGCAGAGAUUGUUGUCUUGUGUGGGAGGCUUUUUCCUACUGAAUCUUUAAUUUCCCUUGUAGAGACAAUGAUAAAAGACAAGACUCUGGUCAUUCCACAAACGUGGCUGCACAUUUAUUCCUACCUGCUAUUUAAUGGCAGUCUCCUUUUCUAUAAUGAAAACAACUGGUGUUAUGAGAGAAAUGAAUCCAUACCCUAUGAAUUGACUGUUAAAGAAGACAUUUUAUUUAAAGACCUAUUUUUAUUUUCAUAUAGAUGUGUGACACAUGAUAAAGAGAAGGAUGAUUUAUUUCAGCAGGUUUAUGGAACAGUUUUUUAUAAUUGUUCUAGUUUAAAAAUACCAUUUUGGUCACACAAUCCUAAUUACCAAGUGUACAGAGCAGCAACCGGAUUGGCACAUGCAGAACAUCUCAUGCUCUCCUCAUCUGGAAAAUCCUAUAAUAAAGAUAUCCACAAAUACAUUCACAGAAAACAGUUACACCGAUAUCUAAGAAAUGUGCGCUUCACUGAACCUUGUGGAACAGAAAUUAAUUUCAAUGAGCUCAACAAAUCUCCUGUGAAGUACAGAAUUGUAACUUGGCCUAUUUAUUUCAACUCAAAAAUCAAACAAAUACCAGUCGGUGAAUAUCUUUGGUCAGAUUCUGGAAGUUCUCUAAAGAUCGAUAUCCAAAACAUAUUUUGGAAGAAAAACACCAAUAACCAGAUUCUAAAGUCCCAGUGUUCUCCAAAAUGUCCUCCCGGCUACAGAAAAGUCACAAGGGAAAGAGCGCCGCCCUGCUGCUAUGACUGUGCCAGAUGCUCAGAGGGGGAGAUCUCCAACUUAACUGAUAUGGAAAAUUGUCUAAAAUGUCCCAUCUAUGAAUGGCCAAAUAUUAAGAAAACUAUGUGUAUUGAGAAGGAAACAGAGUUCCUCUCAUACAAAGAUGAUUCCCUAACUCUGGUCUUUACUGUCCUCUCUGUGGUGUCUAUUUUAUUUGUUACAGUUAAAAUAGGAAUUUUUAUUUCAUUCCGAGACACUCCAUUAGUGAAGGCCAACAAUCGCAAUCUGAGCUUUAUUCUCCUUUUCUCCAUCAAGCUGAGCUUCCUCUCUGUGUUUUUGUUCCUUGGUUGCCCAUCUGAUAUAACCUGCAUCCUCCGACAAACCUCUUUUGGGAUCAGUUUCUCCAUAGCUAUAUCUUCUGUCCUGGCAAAAACAAUUAUGGUUUGUAUUGCUUUCAAAGCCACCAAGCCUGACAGUCUCUGGAGAAACUGGUUGAAAGUACAACUGGCUCAUUGUAUUGUUGUUGUUUGUUCAUUCAUUCAGUUUCUAAUUAGUUCUAUCUGGCUGACCAUUUCUCCACCAUUCAUGGAGCACAACAUUCUGUCUGAACCUGGAAAAAUCAUCAUUCAGUGCAAUGAGGGCUCGGUCAUUGCCUUCUAUAUUGUCCUCUCCUACAUGGGAUUGUUGGCAUCUGUGAGUUUCAUUGUAGCUUUCUUGGCUCGGACAUUACCGGACAGUUUUAAUGAGGCCAAGUACAUCACUUUCAGCAUGUUGCUCUUCUGCAGUGUUUGGAUCACAAUGAUCCCGGCCUAUCUGAGCACCAAAGGCAAAUACAUGGUGGCAGUGGAAAUAUUUGCCAUUAUCUCUUCAAGCUGUGGCCUUCUCUUCUGUAUAUUUCUACCCAAAUGUUACAUUAUUAUAUUUAAGCCAAAUAGGAAUAGAAAGCAAUAUUUACUGGGGAAUAAUAAAUAG